CUGGCUGUGCGUCCACAGCAGUACUGGUAUUGCUGAGACAGACGGUGAGCGGGUAGGUUUAUUUUUGGGUCAGUGACAGUGUGUCAAUGGCUGCAGAUGCGUCGGAAAGGAAAGCUCUUAGAUACAAGCAAACCCUGCUCUAUGGGGAGUACCAAGAAAACCAAGGAGGCUCCGGCAGACGGGAGGCCACACGCCUGCUGACUGAGAGGCAGAUCAAGAAACAUGGGACCCACCACCGCAGCCACGCCAGGACACGGCACGGACACGGGCGCCGUGGCCAAAACGGAUACCACAGCCGCCAUCAAUACAGCUACUACAGCAGGCAACGGAACAGGCGUCAGUCCAAUAUGGAGACCGAUGCUGCUGAGGAGCAAACAGCUGAGCCCGACCUCGCGUCCUCUGUGAAGAAGAAGCGCUCCUACUCCAAGUGUAGAGACUGCAUAGCACGAGUGCAGCGAUUCCUUGUGACCAGGUUGGGAGAGGACUGGAUCUUCCUGGUUCUCCUGGGCAUCACAAUGGCACUGGUCAGCUGGACAAUGGACUACGCCAGUGCAAAGAGUCUACAAGCCUAUAAGUGGAUUCACGGGGAGCUGAGGGGGAACAUCCCCCUGCAGUACCUGGCCUGGGUAUCCUAUCCCCUGAUGUUUAUCCUCUUCUCCUCCCUCUUCUGUCACCUGGUUUCCCCUCAAGCUAUUGGUUCUGGUAUACCAGAGUUGAAGACCAUCCUGAGAGGUGUGGUACUAAAGGAGUAUUUGACUCUGAAGGCGUUCAUCGCCAAAGUCAUUGGUCUGACGGCUGCUCUGGGCAGCGGCAUGCCUGUAGGCAAAGAGGGCCCGUUUGUUCACAUUGCCAGCAUCUGUGCAGCAGUUCUCAGCAGGUUCAUGUCCUUUUUUUCAGGAGUUUAUCAGAAUCCAUACUGUUACACAGACAUCCUGACGGUCGGUUGUGCUGUCGGGGUGGGCUGCUGCUUCGGUACUCCGCUUGGAGGUGUGCUCUUCAGCAUAGAGGUAACAUCUACAUACUUUGCUGUAAGAAACUACUGGAGAGGAUACUUUGCUGCUACAUUUAGUGCCUUCAUAUUCAGAGUGUUAUCCGUGUUUAAUAAAGAUGCAGUAACCAUCACGGCUCUGUUCAGGACAAACUUUCGUAUGGAUUUCCCUUUUGAUCUGCAGGAGCUGCCAGCAUUUGCCAUCAUUGGCAUCUUCUGUGGGUUCCUCGGCGCGUUCUUCGUCUACCUCAACAGACAGGUGGUGCUGUUUAUGAGAAGACCCAAUGCCAUGACCCGCUUCCUGACUAAACACCGACUGCUUUUUCCCGCUGUGGUAACGCUGAUAAUCGCCACCUUGACCUUUCCACCUGGAUUUGGACAGUUCAUGGCAGGAGAGCUGAUGCCCAGAGAGUGCAUCAACUCUCUGUUUGACAACUUCACAUGGACAAAGAUUUCAGGGUCUCCUCCACCGGUCGGUCUGGGCCGCUCUGCUGCCUGGCUGCACCCUAAUGUCAGCGUCUUUGUCAUUCUGGUGCUCUUCUUCCUCAUGAAGUUUUGGAUGUCUGCUGUGGCCACCACCAUGCCCAUCCCAUCCGGAGCUUUCAUGCCGGUCUUCAUCCUAGGAGCUGCAUUUGGCAGGCUGGUAGGGGAGAUCAUGGCCACUCUGUUUCCUCAUGGGAUCGUGUUUGAUGGCAUCCUUUACCGCAUCAUCCCUGGAGGGUACGCAGUCAUCGGAGCAGCAGCGUUGACUGGGGCUGUGACUCACACAGUGUCCACAGCGGUUAUCUGCUUCGAGCUGACAGGUCAGAUCUCCCACAUCCUGCCCAUGAUGGUGGCAGUAAUCCUGGCCAACAUGGUGGCCCAGGGCCUGCAGCCCUCCCUCUACGACUCCAUCAUCCAAGUCAAGAAGCUCCCGUACCUGCCGGAGCUUGGCUUCGGACACAUGAGCCAAUACAACAUCUUUGUAGAGGACAUCAUGGUGAGGACGGUGAAGUUUAUGUCGUCUCAGUCCACAUACCGAGAAGUCAAACUCCUGCUGGACUCCACCUCGCUCAAAUCGAUCCCCCUGGUCGACUCAAAAGAUUCUAUGAUCUUAUUGGGCAGCAUUGACAGGGUGGAGCUUCUGGCUCUCUGUGAUUGGUGGUUGUCACCAGAAAGAAGGCUCCUGAUGCAGGGUCGCAGCCUACAGGAGCAGAACCAGUCUCAGAAGCACAGCUGGGAGUCCUUCGCCUUCGUAGAUGAGGAGGAGGAGGAGGAGGAGGAGGAGGAGGGAGAGAAGGGUAGUCCAGUCCAGGAGGAGAGGAACGGUCCCCUGCCUCCUCAGAAGCCCCAGGAGCCUUCCUCAAACCACACUGCUCCUGCUCCUGAAAAAGGUUCUCUGCAGUCUGUGAGGAAAACACUCAGGAAUAUCUUCACCUCUAAGAGCAGGCAGACAGAGGGCCAGUCUCAGGAGCCUUGUCCUCCUCCGCUGUCAGACACAAUGACACCAGAAGAGAUUAAAGCGUGGGAAGAGGAAGAGAUGGACAAGCCGAUGGAAAUCGAUGAGAUACGAGUGGACCCUUCCCCUUUUCAGCUGGUGGAGAGAACAUCGUUACACAAGACCCACACCUUAUUCUCACUGCUUGGCUUAAGUCAUGCUUAUGUGACCAGUACUGGCAAACUGGUGGGGGUGGUGGCACUAAAAGAGCUCCAAAAGGCCAUCGAGGGCUCCACACGCUCUGGUGUCCGGCUCCGCCCUCCUCUGGCCAGUUUUCGUGAUAUCAGCAACCACAACUCGGUCUCUAAACCUCCACCUCCAUCUCCCAACGCCCCUUCCUCUCCUCCCUCACCUGAAAUUGUUGCUCAGGCUCCCCCCCUCUCUCCCCCCUCCCCCUCUCAACACCACCACCAUCACAGCCAUGAGAAUGAAACAGAGGUGUUGAUCGAGGGUGUGCCGAGGGAGGUGGAGGAGAGCACCAGUAGCGCUUCGGGGAGCGGCAGCAGCACGGUGGCCUGCAGCUCGGCCAGCAGGAGCUGCAGCUGCAACAGCAACCUCACCCUCCCUCCUUCUUCUACUCCUCCCCCAGUCCCCUCUUUCUCCACUCCUCCUCCCUCUCCUCUUCUCUCCUCCAUCCGCCUCUCCACCCUACAGAGACUCUUUGAGGAAGAGGAAGACAGUGAUGAUGAGCCUAUGGUUUAGCUUACACAAGAGUGAUGCUUUUUUUUUUUAUAAUGGAAAACUUUUAUAAUAGUUUGAGUUUAUUUCUUCUGUUCUUAAUACAUUUCUCCGGUCUUUGCACUUCCAUUUACCUCUUUUUAUGUUACUGGUACAGCUUCCACACACUGGUUUCACAGACCAUCACCUGUUUGGUGCAAAAAACACCUUAAACUGCAAUAUUCAUCUAGUUCCUUUGUAUCAGGUGCGAUUAGAAAGUUCGUGGUCUCCGCCCACAAAAGAAAAAAACAAACACUGACUUAAAUAUGGCUGAUCUUUCCUACAAGAUCAGGUCACUGUGCACUUCUGAACCUCCAGUGUGCCUGUGCUCUGUCUGGAAAGCCCCCUGGAAGCUGUGGUACGACUGCACAUACACGUUUGUAAUUUCAAAAUGCAUGUGAAGAGCGCUCAUCCCCUUCUCUGUCACAAUGACCCAACUUUAAUAUAAGGAUCAUCACUGGUGAUAACGACCUGUUCAUUUUUAUACAGAGGUCUAUUUUUUCUUCAGUUUAAAUCAAAUGCUCCCUUUACCAGUAAAGCAUGGCUGAGGCUUCUCUUUGUCCCAGUCUGCACCAGCAUCCUGCAGUAACAUCCAGUUACAGCAGGCCUGUGGGGAUAGUUUGCUUCCCUUGUGAGACGAGCUUUAUGGUCACAAACACCCCCUAGUUGUUCUUGUGGGGACCUGGAUUUUGGUUCCCACAAGUAUUGUAAACUUCCCACAAAGAUAUGAAUACAUGCUCACUCACACAUGCACAGACCUCUCCAAGUGAAAAAAAGUUAAAUGUAAGAUGCUUAUUAUUUUAAAGAAUAACUCUGGUUAAUAAUCGAGAAUAUAACAUUGACCAAAAUGACUGUGAUUGUAAUUUUUGCUGUAAUAAAACAGGAGCUCCACACGGCGAUCUAAAAACAAGCAAACGGUGGAUGUGUGUCCAGAGAUGUAAAGUGAGGCGACACUGAAGCUGAAAUCAACCAAAUUAAAGUCGCGUAUGUUGUUUUCUUUUUGUGGGCGGAUUCGUUGAGCGCUCUGAUUGCCACGCGUAAGCUCUGAAGCUCUGUAUGUCUGUAACGUUUGCGCGUUUUGUUUUACUUUCUGCUCAUUUUCCUUCUCUUGUUGUUUCACACUUUGAUUUUCAUGGGUUAAAUUGUAGAUGCUGCCAAAUCCACAAAGUCAGGUAUCUAACUGUGAUAUGCUCUUUUUGAAUAUUUGAUAAUGACGGUUUUAGCACUCUUAAGCUUAUUUCUGAGAUCCAGUAAUAUCACUGGUUAAGGUCAAAUAACCCACCUGUUCAGCUGCUAGAGAUGUUGAAUGGCCCUGUGAUGAACUGGUAACUGUCCAUAGGCUCCAGCCCUUCCACUAACCUAAACUGGAGAAGCGGUUAAUAAAAUGGAUGGAUGGACAUUACUGAGGAGUAGAUUGAUAAAACACUGCUACCAUUUCUACUGUCUGAAUUCAGACUGCGAUUGAUUAACUGUGCCUCUGUCACAGCUGUUUCCAACACCACACACUUUACUGUAUGUUCUGUGGGGUUAUUUUGACUGUAACGCUCGCUGCUCAGCUGAAUCCGAAUAAUCAAUCAAAAGCUUUGCUUCCCAAACAAGAGGUGAACCCGGUGAACUGCCGCACAGUUGUCCUGUGUUAGCCAAUCGCUUAAGUCUUAAAAAAGGUAGGAUUUUAUCAGAUGAGAGCAGAGGGUAUUGAUUUAUUGUAACUGGCAACGAACCGUGUGGGUAGCAGAAAACUAAUGGAGCUGCUCAGUCCACUGUGGAAGAUUGGCCAAAGCCCCACAACGACCUCCAAAUUGUGUGGCGACCUUGUGGAUGCAGCCUCGGAGCUCAUCUCAUCACAGUUAAGUUGAUAGAUGGUGCGGCUGGAGGCGGCUGACGACAGCAAAACCUCGCCGUGCAGAUCCUCAAGAUUCUCCUUUUCUCCUCAAAAAGGAAGCCUUGCAGAUUUAACCCUAAUCACUUUAAUAAUUCUAAAUGGGAUUAUCAGAAAAAUCUACUGAAGCUGUUCAUUCUAACGUGAUGAUAGCCAAGGUUCUCUGACAGGGAAGGAGACAUGUACAGAUGUGUUGCCAGAGAAACGUUUCCCAGUUAAUGCUGUUAAAGAUGCUAAAAAUAGCUUCUUUUUUAAAGCUGUUGUGAUGGUUAUUAUAAGAAGCAAAGCUGCUCAUGUAACAUUUUCAAAGAAUAAAAGUCAAGAAAUUUAAUGACUAUUUAACCUUAAUGUCUUCCUGAGCUUUUGCCUUCUAGGCAGCUGCCUCUGUAGAUGGUUCAGGUGUCUGGUUCAUAUAUAAGCUUCAGUUAAUCACAUACAACUGAAAACAGGCCUGGCUUCCUCUAUUUUACUAUUUAUCAGAAUUAUUCCUCAGAUUAACCUUCAGGGUUGCUUAAUACAAGCAGCAUCUGGUACCUCCACGUCAGAAAUGCGAUGCUUCAACUGUUUUGUGGUUUCAACACAACAGCAGGAACAAAAACCAAACGCUUUGCAAAAACAGGCUUUGAGCUGUGAAGUUUGGAGUUGGGUGAAAAUCACAAUCUCAGUGUCCGUGGUCUGUCAGCAUCAGUGUAUUAAAAAAUAAAGAAGAAUCAGGCAGUAUGUAUCAGUGGGCUUCCACCAGGUCUGCUGGAGGGAUAACACAGCACUGUCCUCCCACAGUACCACAUACUGUGUGUCACAGUCAUGCUCACCUCUCAAACAGACUGCAGACACUCUGCUGCUGCUGCAAGAGAAGAAAAGGGGAUGACUUAGAGUGAAGAGGAAAAGAGUUAGAUGACAACACUCGUCUGGUGGUUAUAUCUGUCUUAUUUUUACAGUUGGUAAAACAUCUCGAUGCUUCAGGUCAAGAGAGGAGAGGGUGGGGAUGUUUGAUGGGGUAAGAGGUGUGACGUGAUAGUCAAAUGGUUUGGCUUCGUGUGGAGUUUUUGAACAUGAUCUUUGGUUAUUUUUUUGACAGCACUAUUGUCUGUUGACUAAGCCUAAGUGGAAAUGUGGACCCUCAGGUAUAUAGCAGGGGAUAUCCAAGCUAAGAUUUUAUGAAUACAUUACUUUAGUAUAGUUUAUUUUUAAACAAAUGACUAAAAAGCUAAAAGAAAAACCCAAAUCUAACUCGAACAUGAUUGCUAGAAGCACUCGACUACAUGCGUCUGUUACCUACAGAUUCAUCUGCAGAUAUCUUUAUCUGUUUGUUGAGAUUGUUUGCUAAUGUCAAACACAGCACAUAAUGGGACUUCAUAACCAAACAUGUAAAAUAAAUGGUCUCUAAAUGACCAGAUUUUCUCCCCGUCAUGAACAAAGGGUGGGAACCUCAGCCAUUGCAUCCAUGCACCGUUUCUCCAUUUCUCCUUCAUCUCUCUCUUAUACGGUCUUCUUAUUAACUCCUGGUAUCAGUUUCUCAGGUGUUCCCUUAAAAGUCUUUAAACCUUCAGAUUUGACAAAACAUUUCUUUAUGUCUGUUUCUUGGGUGUGGAGGGACAUCGGUGCAGGUCUCAGUGUUUAUUUGUGGUUGUGGUUAAUGUAGUAUUUAUUUAUUUCUGUUUUAGUCAUUAUCUUCAACUUUAUAAACUGUGAACAACUUAGCUAAAUAAAGUUUUAUUUGAAUGCUUUACUGUGUUUGAAUUUGGUUUAUUUAUCCAGGUCAGGCUUGUUGUAAAGGCAACAAACCCGACAUGUUGCUAAGAAAGGUCUGAAGGCAAAAGUGGGGCCACCUUGGUUCUAGCAAGGUGUACUUAAUAAAGUGGCCAGCUAGCAGUUGUAGCUUAUCUAAAGCAUCGAUAGAUUGGCAGACAGGCUGUGGUGCUAGUAAUUACAGGAUCCAGUGUAGUGAAGUGACUGCCGUCUGUUUCAUCAUUGUUUUAUUUCCAUGUCUGCAUAAAAUGAAAUCCUUUCUGUGAAUUACUUUUUGUGAUGGAGAUGUUUUUAAGUGUCUUAUUAUCAUUAAAAAGUUGAAAUGACAGGUAAAAUUACGCUACGACAGGAUCUUUACGACCUUGUCUGUCACCAUGACAGACGAGAAAGUCGAAUGCGACCUCUGCCCGGCACCAUCGCUGCUUGCAGCUAAAUUAUUAAACUUUACUUUAUUCUGACAAGAUGACAGGAUUUUAUUUUUUCUACUUUAAUUGCUUUUUAUCUCGUGUUAUUUGCAAAGAGUAAGUGUCACUUUGAUACGUGACUUUGAAAGAAUUUUUUAGGCUUUCAAUUAGUCUUCUUUGGAAGAUGCCUGACUCAUUUUAGAAGAAACCUUUUCUGGGUGGCGUGGACUGUGCAGAAAUUAUUUUGAAAGACCGAGUAAUUAUUCAGCACGACGGACACCUCGUGCAGUUAAAUCUGACAAAAACUCUAUAUUAGGUUUCAAGCUUUAAUAACCUUGUGGCCCUCGUUUCUUUGUCAGUCAGGUGACACCCUUUCGAGCGUGCAACCAUUUGGGCGUUUUGGGCGCUAGAACGAUUUACAGGAUGAGAUCUCAAAGAGGACAAACAGAGGACAGAUGAUUAUCAGAGCAAUUAGGGGCAUUAGGGUCUUAAUCACAGGAGGGUAAGACUGAAUCGUUCUCAGUAGCUCUGUCUCAAAGAGACGAUGUGAAAAAAUAACGCAUAAUUACAUUGAUUUGCAUUGAUUUUAUCAGUGGCAGCUGGUCCAUGGAGGCAGAGGAGGUUGUUCCUCUUUGGGGGGUUUUGAAAUAAAGAUGAGGUCAAUGCAAGAGGGGAAAAGGAUUGAAAUAAAUCCUUCCCAAAACUCAGCAUCAUUUAUAAAAUACAUUUUGUCUCUUUCAUGCUGACCCGCCCCAACAACCAUUCGCACUCACAUCACAUCCACACCUAUAAGCAAUAUAAAUUAAUAAUUUAAUCUAAUCCCCACUAACUAAAUGUCCUUGGACUGUGGGAGGAAGCCAGAGGAAACAUGCAAACCCCACACACAAACACCCCGGCUGUGGGGGAAUCAAACUCUGGACCCUCACGCUGUGAAGCAACUGUGCUAACCACCGUGCUGACCAAUGUUUCUCAGGUAAUGUCUUGAUGCA